AUGUCGUACAAUUUAUCCGAUGAUUUAUCACAGUACUACACCGGAAAUAAUGAAUUGGGUUUGCUUAAUUGCGACAAUUCAACAACCGGAAAUUGUAGUUACACGGAUUCUAGUGAUUUUUAUGGUGUUUCAUCUUUAGGACCAGAAGACGAAGAAAGACUUCAAAGCAUAAUAAGAGUUGUUGUACCGAUAUUCUUCAGUUUAAUUUUUAUAUUCGGACUUGUUGGUAAUCUAUUAGUUGUUAUCGUCGUCGGAGCGAAUCAACAAAUGAGAUCAACGACAAACCUUUUAAUAUUAAAUUUAGCAAUCGCGGAUUUAUUAUUUACAAUAUUUUGCGUACCCUUCACAGCUUGCGAUUACAUGUCUUGGUGGCCUUUUGGUGAUACCUGGUGCAAAAUUGUACAGUAUAUGAUUGUCGUUACGGCAUAUACAAGCGUUUACACGCUUGUUUUCAUGAGCUUUGAUCGAUAUUUGGCUGUUGUUCAUCCUCUUACGUCCAUAUCAUUUCGAACUGAAAGAAAUGCCGUUUACAGUAUCAUCAUAACAUGGCUUGUGAUUGUUGUUCUUAGCAUGCCGGUCAUUAUGAUACACGGAGAAUUUCGUUAUUAUUAUCAAGAAGAAACACGAGUUGUUUGUGUUUUCCUACAAAAUGAUUACGAUAACAUGGUAUUUCACGUCACAUUUUUCGCGACCUCUUACGUAAUUCCAUUAGCAUUAAUUUGCGGUUUAUAUCUUCGUAUGUUAAUACGUUUAUGGACGGGAGCAGCACCUGGAGGACACGUGUCAGCAGAAGGUAGAAGAGGUAGAAAAAGAGCUACGAGAAUGGUUGUUGUCGUCGUCGCCAUAUUUGCUUUUUGUUGGUGUCCCAUACAAGUAAUUCUAUUAGUUAAAAGUUUAAAAUAUUAUCAGACGACGUACGCGACGGUUCUCAUACAAAUAUUAAGUCAUUUACUCGGAUACAUGAAUUCAUGCGUUAAUCCAAUUUUAUACGCUUUUCUUUCCGAUAAUUUUCGUAAAGCGUUCAGAAAGGUAAGAAAAUCAACAAUUAUUUUUUUUUUUUUUUAUGUAAAUAAUAAUAAUUAUUUAACCGUUUUAAUUAGUAAUAAAUAA